UUCCCUGUGAAGAGAUCGUUGGACGUGUUCGAGAUAGAAGGGAAGAAACAUGAAUUAAUCUCUCAGAGCAAGAAGAGAUUGAACAGGUGAAUUGAUGGUCUCUUGAUUAAAUGAGAUCAUUUCCUUGUUCUUUAAGGUUAACAUAAACAUUGAACCGCUCCUUCUCUUUUCAUCUCCAACCUCACUGCCUGUUUAGUAAUAUAAUGUUAAAGUGUGCAUGACAUAUUCAAAGUCAACAAAAGGCAUUUUCUAGUGUUCUACAUCCUAGAAUCAGUUCUUCCUCGACUCGAAACAUCACCACUGCCACCAUUCAUUUCUUUUCCUUCCACAACCACACACUCACUCACCGACACUCGUUUUUCUGAACAUAUCUCAUAAAAGAUUUACCUACAUUAUUGUUUGGGCCUCUGAAGUCUUGGCCACUUUUCUAUAUCUUUGGUUUUGAUCCCUCGUCCGAAAAAAAUAUCAUUUCUCGGUGUUAGCCGAAGCCUCCUAUGAUUGUGAAGCUUUCUGUUCUUGUAUAUUGAGCGAUGCUCGUUGAAAUCCAAGAUAUCUCUACGGUACAACCGACCCCUAGAAUUUGUGUUUAUGGCAGUUGAUGGCUAAUUUGGUAUAGCUUCAAUAGAUUGUUUUCCAACCAAGUUGAAAAUCUUUCAUACAGGUUUAUAAGACAGACUCGGCAUAUCCUAGACGGUCAUCCUCGAAUAUUUCUCUCACGACCACUUCGUUCUCCCUAGUUCAUGCAUUUUGAAAUCACUGCGAAGCCAUAGAUACAAAUUGUCACUCAUCUGUCAAUUGUCUUGUUUGCGAGUUCCCACCGUUACCUCAUUUCUCCAGAUACUCAUCUAGAGUAUAUUAAAACUCGGAUUCACUCGUAUACAAACGCUUCACCUUUACUCCUCACUUACGAGCCUUCAUGUCUGAAUUUACUACACGAUCCACUUCUCUACCUCACCAAUCCUUAAUCACAACCAAAAUCGAUAUCGCGCGAGAGCGUCUACGUCAACUCCGUCGCGAACUUUUCAAUCCUUUUAACCCACUUCGCAGAUUUCAGAAAUAUAAUAUCGAGAUCAUUCCUUCUCCAUUCUUAGAUCGACAAGAUCCAUGGUCAGGAUCUCACCCGUUAAUAUCGAAUCCUCCCUUUUACCAAAACAUGGAGAUUGACAGGAUGCCUGCUAUGAGUUUCAAUCCAGUAAUGGAUGGCUCAGCAGAUAACAGAAGACCACGCGCAGUGCAAUCCCAACCAUGUGUAUCUGCAAUAUUUGUGCACGCUGGUGCAGGUUAUCACAGCACUACGAAUGAGCACAUUCACUUAGGAGCUUGUAACGAGUAUGUUGACUGAACUUGAAAGUGAAACUUUGAAAGAUAUUUGAGGAAUGCAGAACUUUGGCUGACCUUAAUAUAGUGCCGCUCGCGCAGCAAUGAGGAUUCUCAAGGCUGGCGGUUCAGCUGUUGAUGCAGUUGAAGCUGCGAUUAAAGUUCUCGAAGAUAAGGAAAUUACUAACGCCGGAUAUGGAAGUAACUUAUCAAUUGAAGGUAUCGUUGAAUGUGAUGCAACAGUAGUAGAUCAUUUGGGUAGAAGUGGUGCCUGUGGUGCAACCGCCCGUAAGGCCAUACAUUCUAGUCCGAAUUGAUUUCCACUGGCUAACACUACCUUCUUAGAGAUCAAGAACCCUGUCAGUCUUGCUAGAUUAAUUUUGGAAGCUUCAAGUCGACCAUUAUCUUUACGAAGAGUCCCACCAAAUCUUCUUGUCGGCCAAGGAGCGACGGAUUUCGCAUGGGAACACGGCAUACCAAUUGUACCACAUGACAUGAUGUGCUCUAAGAAUGCCCGCGAAAGAUACAUACGAUGGCGUGAAGAUUUGCGUCGUGCUGAGGGUUGCGGACGCAUGACGCCAUCAAGUACGAAUAGUAGCCAAGCUGCCGAUGAUGAAGCCGCAACACGGGAAUAUGAAGAACGUGUAAGAGCAAAACAACGUAGGGACCAUACCAAUGCAAUCAUAACUGGCACAUGGAAUGAAGGGCAACCCGACUCUCCUUCAACAUCAUCCCCCGGUCGUGCAUGUCCUCAGGAAUGCGGCCCACACACUCCACGUCCUGGUACUCCCCCUGGGCGGGGCUACUUUCAAAUGAACACGCCGGGUCGUGGAGCUUCCCGCUCUCCAGUGGGAACAACACCCGCAAAACGUGCACGCCUUGCAGCACUUAGCGAUGGCAGUCCGGGACGCGUUCAUUCUCUUUUAUCUCCAAGCGUUACUACUAGUGGAAUUUCUAGCGAACCAAAUAUAUCUGUCAGCACUGCAGCAUCUACUAUCGAAAGACCAUCUAGUACAGACGGUCAUCUUUCUCCAACAGACCACGAAAAGGUUAUUGAGAUGUAUUCUACACCACUAGACCUCGCCCAAGAAGGAACCAUUGAGAGCCCUCAUGAGUCUGCUCCAAAGCUUCCUGCCGAGAAGGCGGAUGUAGAUUUGAUUACCGAUACCGUGGGAGCUAUCGCCAUUGAUAUGUAUGGCCGGAUUGCCGCAGCAUCUUCAUCUGGUGGAAUUGGUAUGAAACAUCGUGGCCGUGUUGGACCUGCUGCUCUUGUAGGCAUUGGUACGGCUGUAGUUCCUUGUGAUGAGAGAGAUGAGGAUCAAGUAUCAGUUGCUGCAGUUACUAGUGGCACAGGAGAACACAUGGCAACUACCAUGGCUUCGCAGAAAUGUGCUGACAGACUAUACCACAACACCAGACGAGCUCGUGGUGGCCAAGACAUGGAAGCUAAUGAAGACGAAGCUAUGGAGUCAUUCGUUCAAGCAGACUUUAUGGGUCAUCCUGGUGUUUGUGGAAGUAACUCCGCUGGUGCAAUUGGUGUUAUGGCUGUUAAGAAGACCCAGUAUGGGUACUUCUUACACUUUGCCCACAAUACCGACUCAUUUGCCUUGGCAUCUUACGCUUCAAAUGAGAAGGAUGCCAAGUGUGUCAUGUCCCGUCUUGGAGAUCAUGGCAACGUUGUCAGAGGAGGUCGAAAGGUCCGGAUUGAGAAGGAUUGACUUUCAGUCUCACGCCUGACACGAAUCUCUAAUCUCCUCCUUUGAAGUGAAAGACUAGAUCUCCUUGGAAUCGUUUGUUGGGCUGAUUAUAUCACUAAUUUUAUUUUACCAGCGUUGUUAUGGAGAAUGGAUCAUUGCUUUAUCGAUAGAAGGAAAGGAGCGUAUGAAUUUACGAUUAGGAAUGGAACGACGUUGAAGGACAAACUGGAGGAGAAUAUUGCUACCACAAACAUACAUACAUUACCCUUAACCGACCACUUUCCGCUUGGAAAUCAGAUGUGGGGUAUGGGAGAGGGAAAGAUGGAUAGAGAUGAUUUUAUAGCUUAGCCUUUAUUGCUAUGUUAUGCCCUUAAGCAUGCUUCAUGCUUCAUUCAUAACCUAAUAGAACCUACACUUACUCAC